AUGACCACCAUGCUGCCGGAGCAUGUGGGCUGCCCACCUGUCGCGCGACAUGCCGAGCAGCCUCCCACCGAGACUCCCGUGCGUUCGCAGGCCUGGCAGUCCCCGGCGAAACUUCGUUCCUGCUGUGAAAUGUUGAGGUUGCAGGGAGUGCAUGUUUCUUCGGGCAUGGUGGCAGUCUACAGCAGAGCAAGAUCCCAACUUGGACUGGUUGGCAUGGCAUCGCGAUUUUGCUUGUAUUUGCAGACUGUCCUGGAUCUCCUGUGCAGUACGCUGAUGGCCCAGUGGCUGCUGGAGAUAUUUCUGGACUGCAUGCCCCAAGCAGUUGUUGGUCGUUCCACGUAA